AUGGCCAUGGCGACGGCGACGGGAACGGCGGCGAUCACGGUUGGGGAGAGCACCGGCGACGACGCAGCAACACAGCAAACGACGUCGGCGAAGCCACCGAUGCCGGAGACGGAGACGACACCGGUGAUGGAAGCAGCCACGGCAAGGGCAACCGCCACGAGAUGCGGCUAUGUAACGUCCCUUGGCCUGACCAGCGACGGCGACGGCAGCGACAUCGUCGACGAGGACAUCACCAACAACGACAAACAUAUGCAGCUAUCUUCCCUUGGCCUGGCCAGCUACUGCGACGGGGAUCGUGACGGCAUCGCCGAUGGGCGACAUCACCGGCGAUGA